CUUGAGGCCGAAAACGGGGGCGAGCUUUUUCAGUUUUGUUCUUUCACUGCCACUGCGAGUGCACAUGCCUACUCCCUGCCUCAAAGAUAAAAAUGGUGAUGAGUUUAUUGUUUAGGGCCAAUUACUGUCAUCAUUUCUUAUCUUCAACCCGCCAUGGCUAUGUCUUCAAGCUUUUUCCCUAUUAUCCCAACCCGCUUCCGUGCAACACCCGUUUCUUCUUUUCCUUCAAAAUCACCAUUCUCUGUCUCUUUCUCUUUCAAGGCUUCCUCUUCCCAGCCACCUACAGAUGAAUUGCCUGCAAAGAUUGGAUUUCUUGGUCUUGGAAUCAUGGGUUCUCCAAUGGCACAAAACCUCAUUAAAGCUGGCGCUAGCAAAAUCCAGAGUGUUUUUCAUUUUAGGCUUCUAUUUAUUGUAUCGAAAGCCAAUGAAUUGGGAUUUCCCUAUUGGGCCAGGUCAUUUCGGGGCAAGUGUCUAAGACAACAUAAAAGCGAGGAUUAUGUUUUCUCGCAAUUUAGUGGGUCCUUUCUGUAUAUUGUAUGCUUGUCCUUCGCAUGUCUAAUCUACAUUAGUAAUAUUGUCAGGUAUGUGGACAUAUCAACUGUUGACGGCACAACUUCCAAAUUGAUUCAUGAGCAUAUAAAAGCUGCUGGGGCCUCAUUUUUGGAGGCUCCAGUUUCAGGCUCCAAAAAGCCAGCAGAAGAUGGUCAAUUGAUAUUCCUUACUGGCGGUGACAAGCCUCUCUACGAAAAAGUUUCUCCACUGCUAGACAUCAUGGGAAAGUCAAGGUUCUACCUUGGGGAUGUUGGAAAUGGAGCUGCUAUGAAGCUUGUUAUCAACAUGGUCAUGGGAAGUAUGAUGGCAUCAUUCUCUGAAGGAUUACUUUUAAGUGAGAAAGUAGGACUUGAUCCAAGUGUGCUAGUCGAGGUAAUCUCACAGGGUGCUAUCAGCGCACCCAUGUACUCAGUGAAAGGUCCUUCGAUGAUUAAAUCCCUCUAUCCAACAGCCUUCCCUUUAAAACAUCAGCAAAAGGACUUGAGACUUGCACUUGGAUUAGCGGAAUCGGUUUCCCAGUCUACUCCAAUAGCAGCAGCCGCUAAUGAAAUGUAUAAGGUGGCAAAAUCUUACGGGCUUAGUGAUGAGGAUUUUUCAGCAGUUAUUGAGGCACUGAGAGCUAAACCUCCCAAGUGAGCUUCACUCCACGUUUUGUCAUAUUACACAAAUUUCUGUCACCUUAAUUAUAUGGACUGGUUAGUUGCUUUUGGUUAUAUGUUCAGCUGAUUAUAUUCUUCUGUCUAUUUUAAAUCAUAUGUGAUUUUUUUUUGUUA